AUGGGGAACACGCACAGUAGGGGCACCAUGUCAGACAAUAUUAAAGACGUUUCCAUGGUAGACGUGAGUUCCGCUGACGAAAGCAACAAAAGAGGCUCUCAGAGAGCCAUUGUGCAGAGCUUUUCGAAGCUAGAUAUAGGGGACCACAGUGAAUCACAGCCGCCCUUGUUGCGGCGGAGAUCAACGCUGAUUUUCGACGACGAGGACGAAAUUCCCAGACACGAGGAAAAUGUGGGCCAUCGAUCCGAACUAGACGUAUCGGAAAAUCCCCUUUCAGGAUCUUCGUCCUCUGCAUCUGUACACGACAAUCGGCUGCCUCAAAGAGGCAGCGAUGUAGUGUUCCAGCAGCAGCAGCGCCAGGGAUCUGACGACUCUGCUUUCCAACAACACCAUUUACAGCAACAGCUUCAACAGCACCAGCAAUCACCAGAUCCAAAUUCAGUACUCUCACCUCAACAAACUUCGCCAUCUGUCUCCAGAAAUGGCAGUGAACCUCCUGCGGAAAGUCCCAAGACUAUGGUUCCAGUCGAGAUCACAUGGCAGCAGGGAGGCUCCAAAAUCUACGUAACAGGCUCUUUUACCGGCUGGCGGAAAAUGAUUGGGCUGGUACCAGUAUCAGGACAACCGGGUUUAUUCCAUAUCAAACUACAACUGCCUCCGGGAACGCAUCGAUUUCGGUUCAUCGUGGACAAUGAGCUGCGAUUCAGUGACUACAUGCCUACGGCCACCGAUCAAAUGGGCAAUUUCGUGAACUACCUCGAAAUCGCAUCGCCAGCGGAAUCCCAGGACCAGUUGCAGCACCCACAACUACAAGAAGAUCUCCGUGACGGAGAAAUACAACCAUCACCUCUUGUCCCGGGCAAACAGCAACAUCACCAGGCAUCGCCACUGCCUCUGACAACUGCAGACCAGAAAUUAAAUGAGAAUCGCACAGCUCCUGAACCCCUCAGCGCCCGUUCGAAAUUGGCACUUCAAAUCGAAGAAGAACCCGAUGAUAUGGGCGACGGAUACAGCCGAUUCCACGGCGCCCACGAAACUAGCCCGCUUUACAGCUACAUAACGGAUAUUCCCGCCGUUUUCACAGAUUCCUCGGUUAUGGAACAGUACUAUCUCACCCUCGAUCAACAGCAGAGCAACCAACAGAGCAUGGCCUGGUUGACUCCUCCACAGUUGCCUCCUCAUCUCGAGAAUGUGAUCCUCAAUAAUUACUCCAGCGCCUCAGAACCCGGCGAUUCUGGCAGUGAGAAUAACUCAGGCGCUCUGCCCAUUCCCAAUCACGUGGUUCUGAAUCAUCUGGCCACUAGCAGCAUCAAACACAACACACUGUGCGUUGCCAGCAUUGUUAGAUACAAGCGCAAAUACGCCACACAGAUGCUAUACUCUCCCUUACAAUGA